UUGCCCGGUUCUUCCCCCAGUCCAAAGACAUGCAGUUAAGCAAACUGGCAUCUCUACAGGUGGGAAAGUUAGAGCGAUUCCUAAAAUAUUCAGAACAUAAUUGGAUUGGUCUGGAUUGGAGCCUCAAUGUGAUUUGUUUUUGUCGGGCCCAAAAUCUGUGAAGUGUGUCCUGUGAAGGACUGUCAUCUCAUCCAGGGUGUCCCGCUUUGCAUUCUGGGAAAGACCCCAGGCCCCCCUUGUGAGCCAAUACAGGGAAAGCAAUUGUAAGAUGUCGUCGUGCCUAUUUCAGAGCAUCACGGCAAGCAGCCAGAGGAAACAACCUGACUUUUCGGUCAGUGUGCUGAGCCCAAGGUCAUCGUGCAAAUGUAGCAGAUAGUGCUGCCUUGUGGCUCCUGCCGGGGCAGGAUGUGGCAGCUUUGCAGCAGUAUUCUAAAGGAAGACCAUUAGAAGCCAAAGUACAGCAGGGGCAGUACACCUUGGUGUUAAGGGGGCCAACUGUUCACACUCAUUUAGGUGAGUAAGUAAACUGUUCCAACUUUUAGGUACCAAGCAGCCGAAUAAGCUGAUUGUGUUGAGAGGACAUCAUUUCCUCCAUGGGGCACCGUGGAAGACCACCACGUCACACUUCCUGCAGAGGAGUUGCACUUUUUGCUGACACUGACCCUGUAAGGGACACCGACGAGCAGCAGGACCCCUGGCUCAGGACAUUUUUGGGAGAAGCACCUUCUUCAAGAUUAAGACACCUGCAACAGAUACUGAGGUUUCCACCAAGACAUAUACACUACUGCGAAUUCUCUCUUCAGCAGAACCAGUAAACAUGAACUCCAGUAAUACAAGGCAACUGUCCAAUGAGACUGACCUGACCAGCCUCUUCACCCGCGAGGUUCGGCCCGCACUCUACCUCCUGGUGUUCGGCGUGGGUCUGGUGCUCAACAUCCUGGCUGCCUGGAUCUUCUUCAGAGAGCUGGGGGGCUCCGGCCUGGUGGUCUACCUGAAGAACAUGGUGGUGGCAGACCUGCUGAUGCUGUUCGCCAUUCCCUUUCUUGUCGCGGGUCAGCUGGGCAUCGGUCAGUGGUUCGUGUGCCGCUAUGGUGCCGUGCUCUUCUACGGCAGCAUGUACGUCAGCAUCGUGUUCCUGGGACUCAUUGGCCUGGACCGCUAUGUGAAGGUCAUAUGUUCCACUGCAGGCCCUAGUCGUUUCCAGGGGGUGACGUUUGCUCGCACUGCAUCUGUACUCACUUGGGUCCUGCUGGCUGUAAUAACUCUACCUAACAGCAUGCUGAGCAGCAAAAACAUAGCGGAACUGGGUGGCACCUCAGACUGCAUGCGUUUGAAGACCCCGCUGGGCAUCAGCUGGCACAACGCCUCUUCCAUCACGUGUGUGUCCAUCUUCUGGGCGGUUCUGCUGCUGCUGAUCUUCUGUUACGCUGCCAUCGCCCGGCGCGUAUCGCAGUCGCACCAAGGAGAAGCUCGCAGAAAGUCCAUGCGCAGCAUCAUCAGCAUCCUGCUGGUAUUCAGCAUCUGUUUCGUCCCGUAUCACGCAUGCCGUGUGCCCUACACGCUCAGCCAGGGCUCCUCCACGUUCUACAGCCAAUACACUCGCUACGUCCUCUCCCAGCUGAAGGACACCACGCUUCUCCUGUCCGCCUGCAACGUCUGCUUGGACCCUGUGAUCUACUUCCUCAUGUGCUCGACCUUCCGGAAGGCAUUGAUCAGGAAGCUGUCAUGCAGAGCUUCUCCGGUCAACAGCAGAGCCGUAACAACUGCUCCAAGCGUCAGCAAAGUGUAAAGGGGUCUCCGAGUCGGUGUGGGGAGAGGUGUUGUGCUUCAGCCUGCUUAUAACAGCACCUGUGCCUCAUGGUACCAUAACCGGAUGACAACAGACAGACCCUCCUGUCUCUGAAGAUUCCAUCAUUUAAGGAAGAUACGGGAAAUGGACUCAGGGAGGGCACUGUGUCCAGGGGAGACACAGGAAGUGGCUCUGACAGACGGCUCCACAACAGGAAGUUGAGCAGGUGCCUGACAGGGACAUAAGCACGUCCUCCCCAAUGCCUUUUAUCUACUUCCUCAUCCCAUCUAGCGUUUUUAUCUCUGCUUUGGGUGAGAAUAUAAACGCAGCUGAGAAAACAUAGCGCGCAAUAUUUAUACAUGUCUAUAUCUGUCACAAGGAGUGACAGAUAAUUUGCUAAAAAUGUCUUGCAUUCCUGUUCGGAUGAUUUCUGCUGAAAUGAGUUUCUAUUAAUUCUGUUAUUCCUAAUAGGCAGUAGUUUCACAAUGUGCAUAUAUAUACACACACA